AUGGUGAAAAAGAAAUUUAACAAAGCCCUGACCGCGACGGAGCCCGUUGAAGCGAUGGAACCCAUGGCGGCGGAGAUAGACCCCGAAUGUCCUCCUCCAGAUGAGCCUCCACCCUGGGUUGAAAAAUCAUCGAAAAUUGACUAUCACCAACCACUUGAAUCUCCUUAUGAAGGAUCAACGACCAAUGUUAUCAUUGGAAGCCAAAUGUUCAGCAUCCCGGAUCGCCUUUGCCGUCAGAUUCCACGAUUCCGUGAGGCUCAUUAUAUGUCCAGCCCUACCGCCCUAUCAGAUAUUAGCGGAGACGUGGCGCACACUUUUGUCAAUUUCCUAUACACAGGAACCUACCAGACGAUAGAUGAUCCUGUCGCAUUCGACUCCUCUGGUAUAGCGGAAGAAUAUAGGAAAGCCGUUUUAGUGUACCAAGCAGCAAGGAUUCAUGAGCUCCUUGAUCUAGAAGCUCUUGCUAAACACUACAUUGAGCUUUUUGGUGAGGAGGUUGCCAUGUCUGACAUGCUUCGAACCACGAGAGGCGUGUUUUCAGCACUACCGGACGAUGAAGACUGGCUUCCAAAAUAUAUCGAAAGAAGUUUGCAGCGUCAAUUAAAGAUUGAGGGGUCGGAUUCUAAUCUCGAAGAACUUUACCAGGUUCUUGGCAAGGUCCAUGGAUUUGAUCUUGCUGUGAUGAAAAUGGUGUUCAGAUUACAAUCCGCUGAAUUACAAACUGCUCAUGAGAGUUUGACCGAGGCGAACCGGUUCAUUGAAGCAUCAAAGAAAACAAUUGCUGAUUAUGCUACCAAAGCAUCCCCUGAAGAGUGUUUCGAAGAUUUGGUUGAAGCAUCAAUGGCGGAGCCUGUGGAAGAACCUGCCGAUGCGCCCCCUCAUUAUUCUUCUGACAAGCUGAAAGAGCUGGCUGAAGCGUCCGCGGAGGAGGCUAUAUCGGAGCCUAUUGAGGCAACCCCUGAGGAUUCUUUGGAAGAGGCGGAAGAGUUGGUUGAAGCGUCCGUCGAGGAACCUGCCGACGAGCCUCAGAAGUACCUAGCACUCGCCGAUGUGGCUAUGAAACAGCCUGUCGAGGAGACCAAGGGAGAACCUUUUCGAUAUCAUGCUAUUCCUAAAUUCCAGUACUCAGACUUGGGUUUCGUUCAGAAGUACUCCUUCAAUGCCGAGGGUGACGCUAGCCAUUCUCAUCCUCCAAGCAAUGAGCCCGCCGCCCAGAAUCCGUUCACUCCCGAGCAACCCCCCUUCGAGUACCAGAUUGAACCGGAACCUGUCCCAGUAAGCCUGAGUACACUUUCGGAGACACACCGGGAUUUGUAUGCCAACUGGGGGAAUCUCCCCCGCAAAAUGAUCAGGAAAAGAACGAAGAUAUUGGAGGCGAAGAAAUUGCCAAUUCCGGGCGAAGAUGGAUUUGUUCGUGUCCAAGCGGGCUAA